CCCGAGGACUCCUUGGAAGGCGCGGCUGGUGGGGUUAUGCAAGAAAAAAACUGUGUGAGUGUAACUCUGUAUUGCAGAAAAUGCAAAACUGUUACACUUGUCAUGCUGGACAUGCAGCAGAGGCAAUUUUCGUGCGUGUUUUCACGUACUAGCUACGCAUGACAGGUUUUCUGUGUCAUGCAGAGCAAACUUGUGAUGCUAUU